AUGCCUGUCGUGUCUUCGCAUUCGGCCAAAGCAACUUUGUUGUCGUGGGCUGCAAAGUAUGGUCUAUCAGAGCAGACUCGAUCAAUCCUUGGAAGGCAUGCUAGUGCCACAACUGGCACAUACGCCUUUUACUCUAGGGAUUUGUGUGUGGCCCCGACCCGCGAAUUGCAGGAAGUCAUUGACGAGAUCUUCAAAGGGAACUUCAAUCCGGAUGCUCCCCGCAGCGCCUAUUUCACCAGGAGGGAUCCGGUGCUUGAGCCAGAGAGCGGAGGUCCCGUUGUGCCGGUGCUUGAGGGUCGCUUGAACACUAAGGCGGAGACUGUUGAGUCAGACGGAGGUUGCGACGAGGGUUGUGGGGAGCCUGAGCUAAUAGUCAUUGAUGAUGACUCCAGCUCAGAGAGUUCAUCCAGUGAUGCAGGUUCUUCAGCAGAUUCCUCGCGUUGCGAGGAGCCACCCAUGAAGGUGAAGAGGUUCCGACCGAAGGUGCCGCGGGACGAGACAUGGUAUGCCCACAGGAAAUCUCAUAUCCUCCACCUCUUCACUGAGAAUGCAGAUGGCUUCACCUAUCGUUACUUGGCAUGCGGGAAACGAUUGACAGAGGCAUAUUCCUUGUCCACCGAAGCAACUGCUUGGAACGUGAUGUGCAAAAUGACUGUGAUUUUGAUGGCUCUUCUCCUCGAUAGCGAAGCUCAGUUUGACCUCAGAAUCGCUGAAUGCAAAAUUCCUGAUAACCUCCGUGAUGCAUUGAAAGGAAAUGGCAUCACGUCCUUGGCGACCUUGGCAUAUAGCUUCGGGCAUCCUGGCCAGGCGAUUGAUCAUGAAGCCUUUGCUACAUGGGCCCGGACACUUGAGCCAAGGGCUUCUUUGGGAGGCGUGGCAAAUUUGAGAAGAUUGGUCUUUGAGAGUCAGACUCAACUUCUUGCUAUCCUACGAGAUCAGGUUACGGCGCCGGAGACGACCACACGAAAGAUCCCACAAGCAGAGAGAGAGUCGCGCAUGAACUUGUUGCAGCAGCGCUUGGCAGGAGUCUUGAUCAGCGGUCAGAUGGAGCCCGGGCACACAUUGUUAGACUCCGUGAUGAGUAUGGUUGAUAAGAAUCAAUUGAAGUACUUGCCUCCUGAGCGUUGUGUGUCAAGGGUUCAUGAACUCACGAACUUGAAGGCCCCUGACCGUAUGCUUGACAUCGAGGCGAACAAGAUCAUCAUCAAAGACAAGGACGAGAAGAUUGAGGCGCCGGCUCACACUUCUUUGCAGGUCUUAGAGGCCUUGAAGCGUAGGGGCAUCGCUUUGGAGUUUGGUGAUUGCAUGGGAUUUUUGGAGCAUGACAAAUAUGUGCAAGCACUCUUUGCUCAUCUGCACCGAGAGCCGCCUCCUGGUUACCAACGGUGCACAGUCUCCCAAUUGGUGAACGCAGACAAGGAGGCAUGGAGGAGGUUGAUUGAGUUGAACGUAAAGCCAAAGAGAGAUGCCACUGGGACGAGACCAUUAGACCAGCAGUUGAUGGCAGCUCUCACUUCGUAUGAAGUUUCGUUCUCUUUGAUCCCAUUGCCAUUGAAGUUCAAGCCGGAACCCAAAGAUCGUGCUUCGAGUCAUGACAAGCCUGGUGGAG